AAAGAGACUCAAGGAGAAGAGACAGAAGUCGCCAUACUUUGGAGAGAGAAGAGCCAGACAGCCAUCUCCCUGCACAGACCUUCACGCUCACCUCCUGCCUUCCCAGCUGGACAAGAGGAAGCACAAAGAAUCAUCCAGGUAUGGAAGCUCAAGGUUCCAGCCGUCAGGUUACAGGGCUACUCCGCCUGGGAGUCAAGGAAGACUCAGAAGAACAGCAUGAUGUGAAAGCAGAGGCUUUCUUUCAGGCUGGAGAGGGGAGAGAGGAGAAAGGUGCUCAGGGCCAGCUUGGAAUGGGAGCAGUGGGAACAGAAGGCGAAGGAGAAGAAUUAAAUGGAGGAGAAGGCCACUUUGGUCCUGGUGCUCCAGGUCCUAUGGGUGAUGGGGACAAGGAUGGUGGCACCAGGGCUGGUGGUGUGGAGCCAGUUGCUGAGGGUACUGAGAGCCAGGAGAAUGGAAAGCCUGAGGAUAGGCAGACGUCCCUCCACGGCUCUAGGUUUGCCCAGCAGCGACUGAGGGAACUGGAGUCCAUUUUGCAGCGCACUAAUUCCUUUGAUAUCCCAAGGGAGGAUCUUGAUAGACUGAUGGAUACCUGCGUGUCCCGAGUGCAGAAUUGGUUUAAGAUUAGGAGGGCUGCAGCCAGAAGAAACAGGAGGAGGACAACACCAGUCCCUGAACAUUUUAGAGGAACAUUCGAGUGUCCUGCUUGUCGUGGUGUAAGAUGGGGAGAAAGAUGCCCUUUUGCGACAUCAAGAUUUUGACCACAUAUGCCAGCUAUGACAACCCUUACUUUUCAACAAUUCUGUCAGCAAUAAAGAGGUGGAUUCCCA